AUGACACCAAUGGAAACCCUCCACAGCGCCUUCACUGACGAAAAGGGGUCUCGCGGAACUCGGCCUCUCAUGAGCUACGGCUUACCUUUCCCCGAAGCCUGCAGCAGGCACGUCGCCUCGACCUGCAGGAAAUCAAAAGUCUACAUCGUCUGCUCCAGCUCCGUGGCGAAGAACACUUCCAAUCUCGAAGACCUGCAACAUGCUCUGGGCAACAAAGUAGUAGGCGUCAGGAUUGGCUUCAAACCGCACACCUUCAUGAGCGAAGUGCUGGAGGUUAUUGAGGAUGCCAGGAUAGAGCAUGCCGAUUUGAUAAUUACCCUCGGUGAGGGAAGCUUGAUUGAUGCCGCGAAGGUGGUAGCUCUCCCCAAGUGCCCUAUCAUCUCCAUCCCCAGCACGCUCUCCGGUGGCGAAUUCUCAGACUACGCCGGCGUACCCGGCGACAGCGACGGCCUGAAGUUCAGUACUGGUGUCCACGCCAUCGAUCACUGUGUCGAAUCGUUCUGCAAUCUGAAGCGUGUCGUUGGAUUCGAUGAGGCUUGUGUUAAGGGAUUGCAACGUCUCAUCCCUGCUCUCUUGCUCUGCAAAGCCGAUCCGUCAAAUGCUAAAGCGCGACAAGAUUGUCAACUCGGCAUCCCGGACGCCAUGAUGCCUUUACACAAAGGCGUCGUCCCCGGUGCCAGUCACGGAAUUGGGCACCAGCUCGGACCUCGGGGUGUUGGACACGGGGCAACGAGUUGUAUCCUGCUACCGGCUGUGUGUAAAUGGAACGCUAAGCAGAAGGCUAACGUCGAAAGGCAGAAGUCGAUGGAGAAGAUUUUGUGGGACAUUGAUGCUGAGAGAGAGGUUUUUGAGGCAAGGGAACUCAAGAAGGAAGAGGCAGACUUGGGAGACCUGAUAGAUGCGAUUGUGAGGGAGUUGGGUAUGCCGUGGAGCGAGGGUCUGGCGGUCAAUGCUCUGGAUGAUAAUUGCACGCAGGCUAAUCCGGCAAGGAUCUACAAGCAAGAGCAGGUGCUGGAGAUUCUGGAGAUGUGUGCUUGA